AUGGAGGAAGAGGCGGCCGUCGGGGUUGCCGGUCCGUCUCACAAUGGGCUACGAAGACGCAUCGCUCGAGGCAAACGAACUACAGGGGUCACCGGCGAGGCUAGCUGGGCUAGCAGCGUGAUCAAUCUUGUCAAUACGAUCAUCGGAGCCGGUGUUUUGGCGAUGCCACUCGCCAUGUCGCAUUUCGGAAUCGUGCUGGGCAUCUUCAUCAUUCUGUGGUCCGGCGCUACUGCAGGAUUUGGCCUGUACCUUCAAUCUCGAUGCGCGCAAUAUCUUGACCGAGGCAACGCCUCAUUCUUUGCGCUGUCGCAACUUACAUACCCAAACGCUGCCGUCGUGUUUGAUGCCGCUAUUGCAAUCAAAUGCUUCGGUGUCGGUGUGAGCUAUCUCAUCAUCAUCGGUGACCUCAUGCCUGGGGUGGUCCUAGGAUUCGUGGGAGGCGACCCGUCCUAUGACUUCCUCGUUGAUCGACAUUUCUGGGUCACUGCUUUCAUGUAUGUUGAUAAACGAGGUCUUGCUUUUCAUCUGGAACUUUUACUGACUACGCUGUCGAACAGGUUAAUCGUAAUUCCUCUCUCUUACCUGCGCCGAUUGGACUCGUUGAAGUACACCAGCAUUGCCGCGCUUGUGUCAAUGGCAUACCUUGUUGUCCUGGUUGUCUACCACUUCAUCAAGGGAGACACAAUUGCCGACCGAGGUCCAAUUCGUAUGUUCUCUAUUCUAAACGAAAUCGCGAACAACAGCCAUUUCCGGACUACCAGUGUUGUUCUCGCGAGUACGGGUAGUGCUGCUGCCACCUAUAUCCUAGUCGCCAUCACGGGCUACCUCUCGUUCGGUAACAAUGUCGGGGGCAAUAUCGUUGGAAUGUACCCCCCUGGUGUUUAUGCCACCAUCGGACGAGCGGCGAUUGUCAUGCUCGUCGUCUUCUCCUACCCAUUGCAAUGCCACCCAUGCCGAGCUUCAGUUGAUGCAGUGCUGAAGUGGCGACCUAAGCCCAAAACCACUGGUGCAGAGGGUUCACCUCACCGCCACCCGCUGUUGGGACCUCGCGGUACCCGCACACCAGAACCGAUGAGCGAUCUUCGCUUCUCCAUAAUCACGACUACGAUUCUCAUUCUGAGCUACCUGGUUGCCAUGACUGUUUCGUCCCUCGAAGCUGUUCUGGCUUAUGUCGGCAGCACUGGUAGCACGAGCAUUAGCUUUAUUCUACCAGGCUUGUUCUACUACAAGAUCUCAGCAUCAGACUCACCUGCCCGCCGAGGCCUUCUCAAAGAGGAUGAUGAGGCUGCGGAUGAGAUAUCCGAUGAGGACGAAGACGUCGAAGAUGAUGGAGAGGGCUCUUUGGCUCGAUCUUUGACCGAAAGUGGUCUCCUACGCCGCCACGCCCACCAUUGGCGCAAAUCCCUGCUACGUCGCCUUAGCUUGGCCCUCGCUGGCUACGGCGUCGUGGUCAUGGUGGUGUGUCUGAUUACGAACACAUUUUUCAUUGCCUCCCACUGA